UUAAGGUGGCAACGCAUUUAUGAAUAAAAUACUAUUCUUAGUUACCGGUAAUAAGGCAAAAAUGUAAAAGAACUUAGAUAGGGCAACGCUGUACCAGCAGGUUAAUGCUUACAUCGUACUCCUUUUCAUUUCGGGCAUCGCAAAAGGCGGUUGGUGCCCCAGUUUUGGUUGGUUCAUGGGCGCUAUACCUUAUUCACUUAUAGGGAGUUUUCGCUUCAGCGACCAUUAUCCGCUUCAACGACGUUUUCCUCCAUAAGCCUAGUACUCACAUCGACGAAAACCGCGAGCUAACCAUAGGAGUGAGCGAGAGGCAAACCCUUUUCGUCGGGUCUGUUUUACAGCUUGAUACUCAGAUGAGCUAAGAAAAUACCAGAUUAGCGAGCGCCCUUAGUCACAGCCCAAAGAAUAAGAAAUUUUGUCUUUGGCGGUGUUUGUGCAAAAACGUUGUGGAAAAAUAAAUUAAAAAUGGAAAAAACAACCCAAAAACGCCGGAAGAAUGUUAGUGCAGAUAAAAAUGGACGCCCAUUCCAAGCUGUUGCCCAUUUUUGUGCGACUUUACCCACAGGAAACAAUACUACGACAGGGCAAAUCCGCCGAAUAUUUGAAGUUCUGGAGAUUGACUAAAGAAUCGCAGUGGGAAGGAACAUCCCAAGUGGAACCUUGCUCCCUACAUGGACAUCCUGGCGGGUGUGUUCUCGCAAAGAAACAGAACCACCAGCACAAUCUCUUACGAACUCUACAUUGGGGAGUCACAGGACUCCACCUUCACCAGCUACUUGGCAGCUUAAGCGGAGAUGGAGAACACGCUGGCUUCUAAACGGUGUAGGGAAAAGGGACGCCCUCAAGGGACAGUUGGAGGAGCCAUUACCAGCCAUUGACAGUAUGCUGGAUGCUGGACUUCCUGCAGCAUCAGCGUAACAACACCGUUCCCUAUCUGGCUCCCACUUCUUCAAGGUCCCAUAUUCCUAUUGGGAUUCGGACAUUUGCAGCAGACGGCGCGGGGAAGUUGGCGAAGAAUCCGUGGGGCGAGAAGGAAGUUUUAAACUACUAAUUUGCAUAAAUAAAAACAUUUGUUGAA